AUGACCACAAUCAAGUGCAGUGCACCCAUCGCAUUCCGUAAAACGCCCAUCUCCCGUCGGUAUCCACAGCCCAAGAAAGCACAAUGGAAGGCCAAGGGGAUUUUUCACUUCUUCGACCUCCCUGCUGAGAUUAGACGCUCGAUUCUGGAGAUUCUUGUUGAUGAUGCUAGACCCCAUCAGGUGGUCAAUCUCCUCUACGCUAGCCGACAGCUUUACCGGGAGACCGCUGAGCUCUUCUAUCGCGAUGUCACCCAGAUUACGACUAAUCUCCCAGACAAGCCCUCCUUGUAUCUGGCUGGCCGUACCACGGACUUGAGUCAGCGGCUGUUUGUGCGCAAUCUGACCAUUGAGUUCAAGUUGCAGGAGCAUAUGCACAUUUUCCAAUCGAGAUAUGCCACAACACUCCGGGCCAUGGUGGACCGGGGCAAGCUUAAGCAGCUGAUUCUAGAGAUCCACGGCCGGUUCCCUUCGUCGCAGUUUUGGGGCAUGGACAGUGACGCGUCCACCGAGGAGGUCGAACUCGUGGGGACUGGUACGCGCAAGGGCCAGGCGCCCAUCAUAGCACCACGAUUCGUCGCGGAGCCGGGCUUUCAGAGUUUCCUCCAGUUUCUGCGCGAAGCCAACGUCCAAGAGAUUAGACUGCUGGUCGAUGCCUACGACCACCAUGGCUUUUGGUGCCGAUUCCAUCGCCAGCACCCCAACGGCAUUGCUUGUGAUGGCGAAUGGAAGGGGAAAGGGCGACGGACGCUAACGGUGAACUGGAUACAAGCCGUCAAAGCGCUGAAGGGACUGCAGAUCGUGGGCUCCGUGGUGAAUGAGACUGGGGGGCCCUCUCAUGGCAACAUCAGCAGAUAA